AUGCUCCUCGCCCAACAGAUGGAAGAUGAUCUUUCGGCCGACAAGCGAGUGAGAUCCUUCGCGUUCGCCAAAAGAUCUCCCUACAGACAAUUCGCAUUUGCAAAGAGGUCUGUGAAUGAAGAGGAGAGCGAAGUCGAGAAACGAGCUCGGUUCGCAUUUGCAAAGAGGUAUGUCGACACCCGAUUACUGCUGAAUAAUUCAGCGUCGAUUGCUCGCCGUCUACUAUACGCCUGUUUUUUCCCGCAUAGAAUGAGCGCCUGA